UUGAUUUUUUUUUCUUUUUUUUUUUCUGUAUUAUUUUGUAUAUUUUGUAGAAUUGUUGAUAGAUUGUUGUGCGGUUUAUCUAUAAUUCCGAGAUAUUUUUGUGUAAGUGACAGUAAUGUUAGUGGAUUUUAUAAAUCUUUGUUGACUUAUUUGGUAAUCUCAGGUUUAUCUUCAGUAUUUAUUGUGACUGGUAUAUUAUUAGUUGAUUUAUAUUAUUUUGUAUUUUUUGGUUUUGUAAUGAAGUUUGGUUUAUUUCCAUUUAGUUUGUGGGUUUAUCGAGUUUUUAGUAGUAUAACGGUUGAAAGUUUAUUUGAUGUCAUAUGUCACUUUCUUCUGUUUCUACGUGGUGUUAACCAAGUUGUUAAUAUGAUUUUUGGUUUUGUUUCUGGUUUAUUGGGGUUAUUGUUAAGUUUGUUAGUUAUAGCUUUUUUUAUUUUGAGUGAGCGUAAGAUUUUGGGGUACUGUCAAUAUCGUAAGGGUCCUAAAAAGGUUGGUUUUAUGGGUUUAUUACAAAGAUUUUCUGAUUUGAUGAAUGGUGCCAGUUAUGCUUUAUUGUUUAGUGGUUGGGGGAGUUAUAGUAGUUACUCGUUUUUUGGUGCUAUGCGUUCUGCUUUUAGUUCUGUUAGGUUUGAAGCUUGUUUUAUGUGUAUAGUAAUAUUUUGUGCAUUAUGUUAUGGUAGAUAUUGUUUGUGUGCUUGUUAUUAUUCUAAUAUUGUAUCUUUUAUGUUGUUUCCUUUAUUAUAUAUACUGUUCUUGAUUUGUAUUUUAUGUGAAACUAAUCGUACUCCAUUUGAUUAUUCUGAGUCUGAGAGGGAGUUGGUUAGUGGGUUUAAUACUGAGUAUAGUGGUAUCUUUUUCACUUGUUUGUUU